UUAUAAACAAAACAAUCAAAUGAUGUAAUAAAUGGUCGGAAAAACAAAAAGUUUUUAUUUAUUAACUGAAGACUUAAUUAUCAUAUAAUAGUGAAGACAUGAGACAAACAACAACUACAACGACAACAAUGUCUGGAGAUGUGAACAAUGAAUUGAAAAGACAGGCCGACUAUCAUAAGGACAUUGGUAACAAACACUUCAAAAGUGGUAAUAUUGAUGAAUCAAUCAAUUGCUAUACAAAAGCUAUCGAUUUGUUUGAUUCAAAUGUCUUAAUCUUCUGCAACCGAGCCAUGGCUUACCUUAAGAAACAGCGACCACUGGAAGCGCUGGACGAUUGCAAUAAGGCUCUCGAAAUAGAUAGCAAAUGUAUUAAAGCUAUCUAUCGGCGAGCAAUGGCCAACAAAUGUCUUUACCGAUACCUAGCGGCCAUCGAUGACUUCAAACAAGUCCUAGGUUUAGAUCCGGACAACAAAGAAGCCAAACGUGAACUUCAAGCCAUUACCGAUCUUAUCAACCAAAAAGCCAUUGUCGAUAUCCGACCAAUUGAUAAGCCCCUGGAAUAUCGAUCGGCUAAACCAAUGGUCAGAUUAAAUGUUACCGAUGUUUUAAGCGAUCAGAUAAAAAUUGGUUUACCAAUGAAAUUGCCGACAAAAUUGCCAGAAAAUUAUUAUCAAUUUGAAUGCGAUUGGCGUCAACUAAGUGAUGGACACAACAACACUGAUGAUGGCGACGGAAAACAUCAUCUACGGUGCGAUUAUCUAGAAAUGAUUGGUUCCGAUCGUAUGCAGACACUGUUUCAGACGACUUGUCUGGAACCGGAAAUGAUGUCCGAAUUGUUGUCCACAAUAGCCGCUAGUAAUGACCAUCGAUUGGUCUAUACUGUAUUGAGUCAAAUGGCCAAAACUCCCCGAUUUGAUACAAUAGCGCUAUUUAUGUCUCAAACGGAUAAACUAACCGUUAAACAAAUUGUCGAAAGACUUGAACAAAACAACUUCGAUGUAGACCUGGUGUCGGAAAUUAAAAAUUAUUACUUUAAAUGA